GUUGAGUACAUGCGAAAAUAUUUUGCCAUACGGUCAUUAUAAUUACCAGAGUGUAGUUCAUCAAUAGUUGUGUUUAGUAAAAAUAACCAAUAAAUCCUGUACAAACGUCUUUGCUAAACAAAAGUGUUUCUUUUAUCUUAGAUAACGUACUUAAUAUCAAGAAUAUUCUGGUGUUUUUACAGUAUACUUUGAAGAUGCUCAAGCGAUUCAUGUUUUUGAAUCGAACUUUCUUCUAGUGUACCAUUAGUUAUGCGAUUACAAUGGAAUAUGUGGAUCAUAGUAUUUCUAUUUGUUUUUCUAUCUGUUCCUUCCCAAUGUUCGGAAAUAUUCAAUUGUAACAACAGAGAAUUUAUUUGCUAUAACGAGACGUUCUUUUACCAGUGCGUUGUUAACGAAGAUUUAUCUGGAACGUACAUUAUUGGUGAGCCGCAACCAUGCCCGGAAGAACUUUUUUGCUAUGAUGAUUCAGAUCUCGAAUGUGAUGAGUUUCGCCCUGAUGCACCCAAAAGAACAACCCGAAGUAGUACUGUAAAAACAACAUUAACGACUAAUCCAACACACCAUAUAACAACUUUAUCGACUUUAACCUCAGAAGUUUCUACACACUCAACAGUUGCAACUGAGACUACUACUUCACCAACGAUAACAACACAAUUUGUAACUAAUACCACAAGUAAUACACAGUCACCAACAACAACAUCCGAAGAAAACCUAUUAACCACUCACUUACAAACUGCCUCAACUUCAUCUUUUUCUCCUACUACAAACCAAUAUAUUAAUGUCACAACUACUAAUCCUAAUCAAGAAACAACCGAAGAAAUAUCGAAGGAGAACACAAGUAGUACUUUUCCAAUUAUAUCAACAAAUCCUAUAUCUUCAACAACUUUACCUACGCAGGUUACAACAUCACCUGUGACAGUAAUAAAUACAACUGACGAAGAUACUAAUCCUAGUCAAUCACAAUCGUUUACCAUAACCACUAGUUCCCAAUCAAGUUCAAAUCCCGUUGUAACAAAUUCUGCAGACGACAAGACAACAAACAGUAAUAGGAGUGAUAACUCUAGCAUAGAUGAUGUUACUACUUCUAACCAACAGUUAAAAUCGUCUACUGUAACUACCAGCGUAGACUCAGAAUCAUCCACUCCAACUACCAAUUCACAAUUGAGUUCAACUACUGUUGCAAGUGAAUCUACAGACGAUACACGUAUAACUGAGAAUAUUGCCAAUCACACUACCGACUUUACUACUAACAGCGAAGCGCUAGAAUCUUCCACUGAAGCAAGAACAACAGCAGUACCAAGUAAUUCCACAGAGGAUAAUACUACAACUAAUAAUAAAAGUAAUGACACUACAGUAAAUGAUGUAACUGCUACUAGCCAACAGACAGAACCAUCUGCCGUAACCACUAGUUCUCAAGCAAUUUCAACUGCCGUACAAAGCGAUUCUCCCGAGGAUAAAAAUACAACUGAUGAUAACGGCAAUAACACUACAGUAGAUGAUGUUACUACUACUAGCCAACCGACAGAACCAUCUGCCAUACCAUCUAGUUCGCAACAAAGUUCAACUGCAGUACCAAGCGAUUCCACAGAGGAUAGUUACACAACUGACGAUAACGGCAAUGACACUACAGUAGAUGAUAUUACCACUACUAGUAAAGAGACAGAACCAUCCGCCGGAACAACUAGUUCUCAAGCAAGUUCAACUGCCGUACCAAGCGAUUUCACAGAGGAUAAUAAUACAACUGAUGAUAACGGCAAUGACACUACAGUAGAUCAUGUUACUACCACUAGCCAAGAGACAGAACCAUCUGCCGUAACAUCUAGUUCGCAACCAAGUUCAACUGCAGUACCAAGCGGUUCCACAGAGGAUAGUAAUACAACUGAUGGUAACGGCAAUGACACUACAGUAUAUGAUGUUAAUACUACUAGCCAACAGGCAGAAUCAUCCGCCGGAACAACCAGUUCUCAAGCAAGUUCAACUGCCGUACCAAGCGAUUCAACAGAGAAUAAUAAUACAACCGACGAUAACGGCAAUGACACUACAGUAGCUGAUGUUACUACCACUAGCCAAGAGACAGAACCAUCUGCCGUAACAUCUAGUUCACAACCAAGUUCAACUGCAGUACCAAGCGAUUCCACAGAGGAUAAUAACACAACUGACGAUAACGGCAAUGACACUACAGUAGAUGAUGUUACUACUACUAGCCAACAGGCAGAAUCAUCCGCCGGAACAACUAGUUCUCAAGCAAGUUCAACUGCCGUACCAAGCGAUUCCACAGAGGAUAAUAAUACAACUGACGAUAAAGACAAUGACUCUACAGUUUAUGAUGUUACUACUACUAGCCAACCGACAGAACCAUCUGCCAUAACAUCUAGUUCGCAACCAAGUUCAACUGCAGUACCAAGCGAUUCCACAGAGGAUAAUAACACAACUGACGAUAACGACAAUGACACUACAGUAAAUGAUGUUAUUACUACUAGCCAACCGACAGCAUCAUCUGCCGGAACAACUAGUUCUCAAGCAAGUUCAACUGCCGUACCAAGCGAUUCAACAGAGGAUAAUAAUACAACUGAUGACAACGGCAAUGACACUACAGUAGAUGAUGUUACUACCACUAGCCAAGAGACAGGACCAUCAGCCGUAACAUCUAGUUCGCAACCAAGUUCAACAGCCGUACCAAGCGAUUCCACAGAAGAUAACAACACAACCGACGAUAACGGCAAUGACUUUACCGUUGAUGAUGUUACUACUACUAGCCAACCGACCGAACCAUCUGCUAUAACAUUUAGUUCGCAACCAAGUUCAACGGCAGUAGCAAGCGAGUCCACAGAGGAUAGUAACACAACUGAUGAUAACACCAAUGACACCACAGUAGAUGGUGUUACUAAUACAAGCCAAGAGACAAAACCAUCUCCCGUAACAUCUAGUUCACAACCAAGUUCAACUGCCGUACCAAGCGAUUCCACAGAGGAUAAUAAUACAACUUAUGAUAACGGCAAUGACACUACAGUAGAUGAUGUUACUACUUCUACCCAACCGACAGAACCAUCUGCCAUAACAUCUAGUUCGAAAACAAGCUCAACUUCAUUACCAAGCGAUUCCACAGAGGAUAGUAACACAACUGAUGAUAAGGGCAAUGACACUACAGUAGAUGAUGUUACUACUACUAGCCAAGAGACAGAACCAUCUGCCGUAACAUCUAGUUCGCAACCAAGUUCAACUGCCGUACCAAACGAUUCCACAGAGGAUAAUAACACAACUGACGAUAACGGCAAUGACUCUACAGUCGAUGAUGUUACUACUACUAGCGAAGAGACAGAACCAUCUGCUGUAACAUCUAGUUCGCAACCAAGUUCAACUGUAGUACCAAGCGAUUCCACAGAGGAUAGUAACACAACUGAUGAUAACGGCAAUGACACUACAGUAGAUAAUGUUACUACUACUAGCCAAGAGACAGAACCAUCUGCCGUAACAUCUAGUUCGCAACCAAGAUCAACUGCCGUACCAAGCGAUUCCACAGAAGAUAAUAACACAACUAACGAUAACGGCAAUGACAGUACAGUAGAUGAUGUUACUACCACUAGCCGAGAGACAGAACCAUCUGCCGUAACAUCUAGUUUGCAACCAAUUUCGACUGCCGUACCAAGCGAUUCCACAGAGGAUAAUAAUACAACUGAUGAUACCGGCAAUGAAACUACAAUAAAUGAUGUUACUACCACUAGCCAAGACACAGAAUCAUCUGCUGUAACAUCUAGUUUGCAACCAAGUUCAACUGUUGUACCAAGCAAUUCCACAGAGGAUAAUAACACAACUGACGAUAACGGCAAUGACUCUACAGUUGAUGAUGUUACUACUACUAGCCAACCGACAGAAUCAUCUGCCAUAACAUCUAGUUCGCAACCAAGUUCAACUGCAGUACCAAGCGAUUUCACAGAGGAUAGUAACACAACUGAUGAUAACGGCAAUGACACUACAGUAGAUGAUGUUACUACUAAUAGCCAAGAGACAGAACCAUCUGCCGUAACAUCUACUUCGCACCCAACUUCAACUGCUGUACCAAGCGAUUCCACAGAGGAUAAUGACACAACUGACCAUAACGGCAAUAACACUACAGUAGAUGAUGUUACUACUACUAGCCAAGAGACAGAACCAUCUACCGUAACAUCUAGUUCGCAACCAAGUUCAACUGCAGUACCAAGCGAUUCCACAGAGGAUAGUAACACAACUGAUGAUAAGGGCAAUGACACUACAGUAGAUGAUGUUACUACUACUAGCCAAGAGACAGAACCAUCUGCCGUAACAUCUAGUUCGCACCCAAGUUCAACUGCUGAACCAAGCGAUUCCACAAAGGAAAAUAACACAACUGACGAUAACGGCAAUGACUCUACAGUAGAUGAUGUUACCACUACUAGCCAAGAGACAGAACCAUCUGCCGUAACAUCUAGUUCGCAACCAAGAUCAACUGCCGUACCAAGCGAUUCCACAGAAGAUAAUAACACAACUAACGAUAACGGCAAUGACACUACAGUAGAUGAUGUUACUACUACUAGCCAAGAGACAGAACCAUCUGCCGUAACAUCUAGUUCGCACCCAAGUUCAACUGCUGAACCAAGUGAUUCCACAGAGGCUUAUAACACAACUGACGAUAACGGCAAUGACUCUACAGUAGAUGAUGUUACCACUACUAGCCAAGAGACAGAACCAUCUGCCGUAACAACUAGUUCUCAAGCAAGUUCAACUGCCGUACCAAGCGAUUCCACAGAGGAUAAUAAUACAACUGAUGAUAACGGCAAUGACACUACAGUAGAUGAUGUUACUACCACUAGCCAAGAGACAGAACCAUCUGCUGUAACAUCUAGUUCGCAAACAAGUUCAACUGCCGUACCAAGCGAUUCCACAGAAGAUAGUAACACAACUGAUGAUAACGGCAAUGACACUACAGUAGAUGAUGUUACUACUACUAGCCAAGAGACAGAACCAUCUGCCGUAACAUCUAGUUCGCAACCAAGUUCAACUGCCGUACCAAGCGAUUCCACAAAACAUAAUAACACAACUGACGAUAACGGCAAUGACACUACAGUAGAUGAUGUUACUACUACCAGCCAAGAGACAGAACCAUCUGCUGUAACAUCUACUUCGCACCCAAGUUCAACUGCUGUACCAAGCGAUUUCACAGAGGAUAAUAACACAACUGACGAUAACGGCAAUAUCACUACAGUAGAUGAUGUUACUACUACUAGCCAAGAGACAGAACCAUCUCCCGUAACAUCUAGUUCGCAACCAAGUUCAACUGCAGUACCAAGCGAUUCCACAGAGGAUAGUAACACAACUGAUGAUAACGGCAAUGAAACUACAGUAGAUGAUGUUACUAGCACUAGCCAAGAGACAGAACCAUCUGCCGUAACAAAUAGUUCUCAAGCAAGUUCAACUGCCGUACCAAGCGAUUCCACUGAGGAUAAUAAUACAACUGAUGAUAACGGCAAUGACACUACAGUAGAUGGUGUUACUACUACUAGCCAAGAGACAGACCCAUCUGCCGUAACGUCUAGUUCGCAACGAAGUUCAACUGCCGUACCAAGCGAUUCCACAGAGGAUAAUAACACAACUGACGAUAACGGCAAGGACAAUACAGUUGAUGAUGUUACUACUACUAGACAAGAGACAGAACCAUCUCCCGUAACAUCUAGCUCGCAACCAAGUUCAACUGCAGUACCAAGCGAUUCCACAGAGGAUAGUAACACAACUGAUGAUAACGGCAAUGAAACUACAGUAGAUGAUGUUACUACCACUAGCCAAGAGACAGAACCAUCUGCCGUAACAAAUAGUUCUCAUGCAAGUUCAACUGCCGUACCAAGCGAUUCCACAGAGGAUAAUAAUACAACUGAUGAUAACGGCAAUGACACUACAGUAGAUGAUGUUACUACCACUAGCCAAGAGACAGAAUCAUCUGCUGUAACGUCUAGUUCGCAAACAAGUUCAACUGCAGUACCAAGCGAUUCCACAGAGGAUAAUAACACAACUGACAAUAACGGCAAUGACACUACAGUAGAUGGUGUUACUACUACUAACCAAGAGACAGACCCAUCUGCCGUAACAUCUAGUUCGCAACGAAGUUCAACUGCCGUACCAAGCGAUUCCACAGAGGAUAAUAACACAACUGACGAUAACGGCAAUGACAAUACAGUUGAUGAUGUUACUACUACUAGCCAAGCGACAGAACCAUCUACCGUAACAUCUAGUUCGCAACCAAGUUCAACUGCAGUACCAAGCGAUUCCACAGAGGAUAGUAACACAACUGAUGAUAACGGCAAUGAAACUACAGUAGAUGAUGUUACUACAACUAGCCAAGAGACAGAACCAUCUGCCGCAACAAAUAGUUCUCAAGCAAGUUCAACUGCCGUACCAAGCGAUUCCACAGAGGAUAAUAAUACAACUGAUGAUAACGGCAAUGACACUACAGUAGAUAAUGUUACUACCACUAGCCAAGAGACAGAACCAUCUGCUGUAACAUCUAGUUCGCAAACAAGUUCAACUGCAGUACCAAGCGAUUCCACAGAGGAUACUAACACAACUGACAAUAACGGCAAUGACCGUACAGUAGAUGGUGUUACUACUACUAGCCAAGAGACAGACCCAUCUGCCGUAACAUCUACUUCGCAACGAAGUUCAACUGUAGUACCAAGCGAUUCCACAGAGGAUAGUAACACAACUGAUGAUAACGGCAAUGACACUACAGUAGAUGAUGUUACUACCGCUAGCCAAGACACAGAACCAUCUGCUGUAACAUCUAGUUUGCAACCAAUUUCGACUGCCGUACCAAGCGAUUCCACAGAGGAUAAUAAUACAACUGAUGAUAACGGCAAUGACCCUGCAAUAGAUGAUGUUACUACCACCAGUCAAGACACAGAACCAUCUGCUGUAACAUCUAGUUCGCAACCAAGUUCAACUGUUGUACCAAGCAAUUCCACAGAGGAUAAUAACACAACUGACGAUAACGGCAAUGACUCUACAGUUGAUGAUGUUACUACUACUAGCCAAGAGACAGAACCAUCUGCUGUAACAUCUACUUCGCAACCAAGUUCAACUGUAGUACCAAGCGAUACCACAGAGCAUAGUAACACAACUGAUGAUAACGGCAAUGACAUUACAGUAGAUGAUGUUACUACCACUAGCCAAGAGACAGAACCAUCUGCUGUAACAUCUACUUCGCAACCAAGUUCAACUGUAGUACCAAGCGAUUCCACAGAGGAUAGUAACAGAACUGAUGAUAACGGCAAUGACACUACAGUCCAUGAUGUUACUACCGCUAGCCAAGAGACAGAACCAUCUGCUGUAACAUCUACUUCGCAACCAAGUUCAACUGUAGUACCAAGCGAUUCCACAGAGGAUAGUAACACAACUGAUGAUAACGGCAAUGACACUACAGUCGAUGAUGUUACUACCGCUAGCCAAGAGACAGAACCAUCUGCUGUAACAUCUACUUCGCAACCAAGUUCAACUGUAGUACCAAGCGAUACCACAGAGCAUAGUAACACAACUGAUGAUAACGGCAAUGACACUACAGUCGAUGAUGUUACUACCGCUAGCCAAGAGACAGAACCAUCUGCUGUAACAUCUACUUCGCAACCAAGUUCAACUGUAGUACCAAGCGAUUCCACAGAGGAUAGUAACACAACUGAUGAUAACGGCAAUGACAUUACAGUAGAUGAUGUUACUACCACCAGCCAAGACACAGAACCAUCUGCUGUAACAUCUAGUUCGCAACCAAGUUCAACUGUUGUACCAAGCAAUUCCACAGAGGAUAAUAACACAACUGACGAUAACGGCAAUGACUCUACAGUUGAUGAUGUUACUACUACUAGCCAACCGACAGAAUCAUCUGCCAUAACAUCUAGUUCGCAACCAAGUUCAACUGCAGUGCCAAGCGAUUCCACAGAGGAUAGUAACACAACUGAUGAUAACGGCAAUGACUCUACAGUUGAUGAUGUUACUACUACUAGCCAAGAGACAGAACCAUCUGCUGUAACAUCUACUUCGCAACCAAGUUCAACUGUUGUACCAAGCGAUUCCACAGAGGAUAAUACCACAACUGACGAUAACGGCAAUGACUCUACAGUUGAUGAUGUUACUACUACUAGCCAAGAGACAGAACCAUCUGCUGUAACAUCUACUUCGCAACCAAGUUUAACUGUUGUACCAAGCGAUUCCACAGAGGAUAAUACCACAACUGACGAUAACGGCAAUGACUCUACAGUUGAUGAUGUUACUACUACUAGCCAAGAGACAGAACCAUCUGCUGUAACAUCUACUUCGCAACCAAGUUCAACUGUAGUACCAAGCGAUACCACAGAGGAUAGUAACACAACUGAUGAUAACGGCAAUGACAUUACAGUAGAUGAUGUUACUACCACUAGCCAAGAGACAGAACCAUCUGCUGUAACAUCUACUUCGCAACCAAGUUCAACUGUAGUACCAAGCGAUUCCACAGAGGAUAGUAACACAACUGAUGAUAACGGCAAUGACACUACAGUAGAUGAUGUUACUACCGCUAGCCAAGAGACAGAACCAACUGCUGUAACAUCUACUUCGCAACCAAGUUCAACUGUUGUACCAAGCGAUUUCACAGAGGAUAAUACCACAACUGACGAUAACGGCAAUGACUCUACAGUUGAUGAUGUUAUUACUACUAGCCAAGACACAGAACCAUCUGCUGUAACAUCUAGUUCGCAACCAAGUUCAACUGCAGUGCCAAGCGAUUCCACAGAGGAUAGUAACACAACUGAUGAUAACGGCAAUGAAACUACAGUAGGUGAUGUUACUACCACUAGCCAAGAGACAGAAUUAUCUGCCGUAACAAAUAGUUCUCAAGCAAGUUCAACUGCCGUACCAAGCGAUUCCACAGAGGAUAAUAAUACAACUGAUGAUAACGGCAAUGACACUACAGUAGAUAAUGUUACUACCACUAGCCAAGAGACAGAACCCUCUGCUGUAACAUCUAGUUCGCAAACAAGUUCAACUGCAGUACCAAGCGAUUCCACAGAGGAUAAUAACACAACUGACAAUAACGGCAAUGACACUACAGUAGAUGGUGUUACUACUACUAGCCAAGAAACAGACCCAUCUGCCGUAACAUCUACUUCGCAACGAAGUUCAACUGUAGUACCAAGCGAUUCCACAGAGGAUAGUAACACAACUGAUGAUAACGGCAAUGACACUACAGUAGAUGAUGUUACUACCGCUAGCCAAGACACAGAACCAUCUGCUGUAACAUCUAGUUUGCAACCAAUUUCGACUGCCGUACCAAGCGAUUCCACAGAGGAUAAUAAUACAACUGAUGAUAACGGCAAUGACACUACAAUAAAUGAUGUUACUACCAGUAGCCAAGAGACAGAACCAUCUGCUGUAACAUCUAGUUCGCAACCAAUUUCAACUGUUGUACCAAGCGAUUCCACAGAGGAUAAUACCACAACUGACGAUAACGGCAGUGACUCUACAGUUGAUGAUGUUACUACUACUAGCCAAGAGACAGAACCAUCUGCUGUAACAUCUACUUCGCAACCAAGUUCAACUGUAGUACCAAGCGAUUCCACAGAGCAUAGUAACACAACUGAUGAUAACGGCAAUGACACUACAGUCGAUGAUGAUACUACCGCUAGCCAAGAGACAGAACCAUCUGCUGUAACAUCUACUUCACAACCAAGUUCAACUGUAGUACCAAGCGAUACCACAGAGCAUAGUAACACAACUGAUGAUAACGGCAAUGACACUACAGUCGAUGAUGAUACUACCGCUAGCCAAGAGACAGAACCAUCUGCUGUAACAUCUACUUCGCAACCAAGUUCAACUGUAGUACCAAGCGAUUCCACAGAGGAUAGUAACACAACUGAUGAUAACGGCAAUGACAUUACAGUAGAUGAUGUUACUACCGCUAGCCAAGACACAGAACCAUCUGCUGUAACAUCUAGUUUGCAACCAAUUUCGACUGGCGUACCAAGCGAUUCCACAGAGGAUAAUAAUACAACUGAUGAUAAAGGCAAUGACCCUACAAUAAAUGAUGUUACUACCACCAGUCAAGACACAGAACCAUCUGCUGUAACAUCUAGUUCGCAACCAAGUUCAACUGUUGUACCAAGCAAUUCCACAGAGGAUAAUAACACAGCUGACGAUAACGGCAAUGACUCUACAGUUGAUGAUGUUACUACUACUAGCCAAGAGACAGAACCAUCUGCUGUAACAUCUACUUCGCAACCAAGUUCAACUGUAGUACCAAGCGAUACCACAGAGCAUAGUAACACAACUGAUGAUAACGGCAAUGACAUUACAGUAGAUGAUGUUACUACCACUAGCCAAGAGACAGAACCAUCUGCUGUAACAUCUACUUCGCAACCAAGUUCAACUGUAGUACCAAGCGACUCCACAGAGGAUAGUAACAGAACUGAUGAUAACGGCAAUGACACUACAGUCGAUGAUGUUACUACCGCUAGCCAAGAGACAGAACCAUCUGCUGUAACAUCUACUUCGCAACCAAGUUCAACUGUAGUACCAAGCGAUACCACAGAGCAUAGUAACACAACUGAUGAUAACGGCAAUGACAUUACAGUAGAUGAUGUUACUAUCACUAGCCAAGAGACAGAACCAUCUGCUGUAACAUCUACUUCGCAACCAAGUUCAACUGUAGUACCAAGCGAUUCCACAGAGGAUAGUAACACAACUGAUGAUAACGGCAAUGACACUACAGUCGAUGAUGUUACUACCGCUAGCCAAGAGACAGAACCAUCUGCUGUAACAUCUACUUCGCAACCAAGUUCAACUGUAGUACCAAGCGAUACCACAGAGCAUAGUAACACAACUGAUGAUAACGGCAAUGACACUACAGUCGAUGAUGAUACUACCGCUAGCCAAGAGACAGAACCAUCUGCUGUAACAUCUACUUCGCAACCAAGUUCAACUGUAGUACCAAGCGAUUCCACAGAGGAUAGUAACACAACUGAUGAUAACGGCAAUGACUCUACAGUUGAUGAUGUUACUACUACUAGCCAACCGACAGAAUCAUCUGCCAUAACAUCUAGUUCGCAACCAAGUUCAACUGCAGUGCCAAGCGAUUCCACAGAGGAUAGUAACACAACUGAUGAUAACGGCAAUGACUCUACAGUUGAUGAUGUUACUACUACUAGCCAAGAGACAGAACCAACUGCUGUAACAUCUACUUCGCAACCAAGUUCAACUGUUGUACCAAGCGAUUCCACAGAGGAUAAUACCACAACUGACGGUAACGGCAAUGACUCUACAGUUGAUGAUGUUACUACUACUAGCCAAGAGACAGAACCAUCUGCUGUAACAUCUACUUCGCAACCAAGUUCAACUGUAGUACCAAGCGAUUCCACAGAGGAGAGUAACACAACUGAUGAUAACGGCAAUGACAUUACAGUAGAUGAUGUUACUACCGCUAGCCAAGACACAGAACCAUCUGCUGUAACAUCUAGUUUGCAACCAAUUUCGACUGGCGUACCAAGCGAUUCCACAGAGGAUAAUAAUACAACUGAUGAUAAAGGCAAUGACCCUACAAUAGAUGAUGUUACUACAACCAGUCAAGACACAGAACCAUCUGCUGUAACAUCUAGUUCGCAACCAAGUUCAACUGUUGUACCAAGCAAUUCCACAGAGGAUAAUAACACAACUGACGAUAACGGCAAUGACUCUACAGUUGAUGAUGUUACUACUACUAGCCAAGAGACAGAACCAUCUGCUGUAACAUCUACUUCGCAACCAAGUUCAACUGUAGUACCAAGCGAUACCACAGAGCAUAGUAACACAACUGAUGAUAACGGCAAUGACACUACAGUCGAUGAUGAUACUACCGCUAGCCAAGAGACAGAACCAUCUGCUGUAACAUCUACUUCGCAACCAAGUUCAACUGUAGUACCAAGCGACUCCACAGAGGAUAGUAACAGAACUGUUGAUAACGGCAAUGACACUACAGUCGAUGAUGUUACUACCGCUAGCCAAGAGACAGAACCAUCUGCUGUAACAUCUACUUCGCAACCAAGUUCAACUGUAGUACCAAGCGAUACCACAGAGCAUAGUAACACAACUGAUGAUAACGGCAAUGACAUUACAGUAGAUGAUGUUACUACCACUAGCCAAGAGACAGAACCAUCUGCUGUAACAUCUACUUCGCAACCAAGUUCAACUGUAGUACCAAGCGAUUCCACAGAGGAUAGUAACACAACUGAUGAUAACGGCAAUGACACUACAGUCGAUUAUGUUACUACCGCUAGCCAAGAGACAGAACCAUCUGCUGUAACAUCUACUUCGCAACCAAGUUCAACUGUAGUACCAAGCGAUACCACAGAGCAUAGUAACACAACUGAUGAUAACGGCAAUGACACUACAGUCGAUGAUGAUACUACCGCUAGCCAAGAGACAGAACCAUCUGCUGUAACAUCUACUUCGCAACCAAGUUCAACUGUAGUACCAAGCGAUUCCACAGAGGAUAGUAACACAACUGAUGAUAACGGCAAUGACUCUACAGUUGAUGAUGUUACUACUACUAGCAAACCGACAGAAUCAUCUGCCAUAACAUCUAGUUCGCAACCAAGUUCAACUGCAGUGCCAAGCGAUUCCACAGAGGAUAGUAACACAACUGAUGAUAACGGCAAUGACUCUACAGUUGAUGAUGUUACUACUACUAGCCAAGAGACAGAACCAACUGCUGUAACAUCUACUUCGCAACCAAGUUCAACUGUUGUACCAAGCGAUUCCACAGGGGAUAAUACCACAACUGACGAUAACGGCAAUGACUCUACAGUUGAUGAUGUUACUACUACUAGCCAAGAGACAGAACCAUCUGCUGUAACAUCUACUUCGCAACCAAGUUCAACUGUAGUACCAAGCGAUACCACAGAGGAUAGUAACACAACUGAUGAUAACGGCAAUGACAUUACAGUAGAUGAUGUUACUACCACUAGCCAAGAGACAGAACCAACUGCUGUAACAUCUACUUCGCAACCAAGUUCAACUGUUGUACCAAGCGAUUCCACAGAGGAUAAUACCACAACUGACGAUAACGGCAAUGACUCUACAGUUGAUGAUGUUACUACUACUAGCCAAGAGACAGAACCAUCUGCUGUAACAUCUACUUCGCAACCAAGUUCAACUGUAGUACCAAGCGAUUCCACAGAGGAUAGUAACACAACUGAUGAUAACGGCAAUGACACUACAGUAGAUGAUGUUACUACCGCUAGCCAAGAGACAGAACCAACUGCUGUAACAUCUACUUCGCAACCAAGUUCAACUGUUGUACCAAGCGAUUCCACAGAGGAUAAUACCACAACUGACGAUAACGGCAAUGACUCUACAGUUGAUGAUGUUACUACUACUAGCCAAGACACAGAACCAUCUGCUGUAACAUCUAGUUUGCAACCAAUUUCGACUGCUGUACCAAGCGAUUCCACAGAGGAUAAUCAUACAACUGAUGAUAACGGCAAUGACACUACAAUAGAUGAUGUUACUACCACUAGCCAAGACACAGAACCAUCUGCUGUAACAUCUAGUUCGCAACCAAGUUCAACUGCAGUGCCAAGCGAUUCCACAGAGGAUAGUAACACAACUGAUGCUAACGGCAAUGACUCUACAGUUGAUGAUGUUACUACUACUAGCCAAGAGACAGAACCAUCUGCCGUAACAUCUAGCUCGCAACCAAUUUCAACUGCCGUACCAAGCGAUUCCACAAAAGAUAGUAACACAACUGAUAACGGCAAUGACACUACACUAGAUGAUGUUACUACCACUAGCCAAGAGACAGAACCAACUGCUGUAACAUCUACUUCGCAACCAAGUUCAACUGUUGUACCAAGCCAUUCCACAGAGGAUAAUACCACAACUGACGAUAACGGCAAUGACUCUACAGUUGAUGAUGUUACUACUACUAGCCAAGACACAGAACCAUCUGCUGUAACAUCUAGUUUGCAACCAAUUUCGACUGCUGUACCAAGCGAUUCCACAGAGGAUAAUAAUACAACUGAUGAUAACGGCAAUGACACUACAAUAGAUGAUGUUACUACCACUAGCCAAGACACAGAACCAUCUGCUGUAACAUCUAGUUCGCAACCAAGAUCAACUGCAGUGCCAAGCGAUUCCACAGAGGAUAAUACCACAACUGACGAUAACGGCAAUGACUCUACAGUUGAUGAUGUUACUACUACUAGCCAAGAGACAGAACCAUCUGCUGUAACAUCUACUUCGCAACCAAGUUCAACUGUAGUACCAAGCGAUUCCACAGAGGAUAGUAACACAACUGAUGAUAACGGCAAUGACACUACAGUAGAUGAUGUUACUACCGCUAGCCAAGAGACAGAACCAUCUGCUGUAACAUCUACUUCGCAACCAAGUUCAACUGUUGUACCAAGCGAUUCCACAGAGGAUAGUAACACAACUGAUGAUAACGGCAAUGACAUUACAGUAGAUGAUGUUACUACCGCUAGCCAAGACACAGAACCAUCUGCUGUAACAUCUAGUUUGCAACCAAUUUCGACUGGCGUACCAAGCGAUUCCACAGAGGAUAAUAAUACAACUGAUGAUAAAGGCAAUGACCCUACAAUAGAUGAUGUUACUACAACCAGUCAAGACACAGAACCAUCUGCUGUAACAUCUAGUUCGCAACCAAGUUCAACUGUUGUACCAAGCAAUUCCACAGAGGAUAAUAACACAACUGACGAUAACGGCAAUGACUCUACAGUUGAUGAUGUUACUACUACUAGCCAAGAGACAGAACCAUCUGCUGUAACAUCUACUUCGCAACCAAGUUCAACUGUAGUACCAAGCGAUACCACAGAGCAUAGUAACACAACUGAUGAUAACGGCAAUGACACUACAGUCGAUGAUGAUACUACCGCUAGCCAAGAGACAGAACCAUCUGCUGUAACAUCUACUUCGCAACCAAGUUCAACUGUAGUACCAAGCGACUCCACAGAGGAUAGUAACACAACUGUUGAUAACGGCAAUGACACUACAGUCGAUGAUGUUACUACCGCUAGCCAAGAGACAGAACCAUCUGCUGUAACAUCUACUUCGCAACCAAGUUCAACUGUAGUACCAAGCGAUACCACAGAGCAUAGUAACACAACUGAUGAUAACGGCAAUGACAUUACAGUAGAUGAUGUUACUACCACUAGCCAAGAGACAGAACCAUCUGCUGUAACAUCUACUUCGCAACCAAGUUCAACUGUAGUACCAAGCGAUUCCACAGAGGAUAGUAACACAACUGAUGAUAACGGCAAUGACACUACAGUCGAUGAUGUUACUACCGCUAGCCAAGAGACAGAACCAUCUGCUGUAACAUCUACUUCGCAACCAAGUUCAACUGUAGUACCAAGCGAUACCACAGAGCAUAGUAACACAACUGAUGAUAACGGCAAUGACACUACAGUCGAUGAUGAUACUACCGCUAGCCAAGAGACAGAACCAUCUGCUGUAACAUCUACUUCGCAACCAAGUUCAACUGUAGUACCAAGCGAUUCCACAGAGGAUAGUAACACAACUGAUGAUAACGGCAAUGACUCUACAGUUGAUGAUGUUACUACUACUAGCAAACCGACAGAAUCAUCUGCCAUAACAUCUAGUUCGCAACCAAGUUCAACUGCAGUGCCAAGCGAUUCCACAGAGGAUAGUAACACAACUGAUGAUAACGGCAAUGACUCUACAGUUGAUGAUGUUACUACUACUAGCCAAGAGACAGAACCAACUGCUGUAACAUCUACUUCGCAACCAAGUUCAACUGUUGUACCAAGCGAUUCCACAGGGGAUAAUACCACAACUGACGAUAACGGCAAUGACUCUACAGUUGAUGAUGUUACUACUACUAGCCAAGAGACAGAACCAUCUGCUGUAACAUCUACUUCGCAACCAAGUUCAACUGUAGUACCAAGCGAUUCCACAGAGGAUAGUAACACAACUGAUGAUAACGGCAAUGACAUUACAGUAGAUGAUGUUACUACCACUAGCCAAGAGACAGAACCAUCUGCUGUAACAUCUACUUCGCAACCAAGUUCAACUGUUGUACCAAGCGAUUCCACAGAGGAUAAUACCACAACUGACGAUAACGGCAAUGACUCUACAGUUGAUGAUGUUACUACUACUAGCCAAGAGACAGAACCAUCUGCUGUAACAUCUACUUCGCAACCAAGUUCAACUGUAGUACCAAGCGAUUCCACAGAGGAUAGUAACACAACUGAUGAUAACGGCAAUGACACUACAGUAGAUGAUGUUACUACCGCUAGCCAAGAGACAGAACCAACUGCUGUAACAUCUACUUCGCAACCAAGUUCAACUGUUGUACCAAGCGAUUCCACAGAGGAUAAUACCACAACUGACGAUAACGGCAAUGACUCUACAGUUGAUGAUGUUACUACUACUAGCCAAGACACAGAACCAUCUGCUGUAACAUCUAGUUUGCAACCAAUUUCGACUGCUGUACCAAGCGAUUCCACAGAGGAUAAUCAUACAACUGAUGAUAACGGCAAUGACACUACAAUAGAUGAUGUUACUACCACUAGCCAAGACACAGAACCAUCUGCUGUAACAUCUAGUUCGCAACCAAGUUCAACUGCAGUACCAAGCGAUUCCACAGAGGAUAGUAACACAACUGAUGAUAACGGCAAUGACUCUACAGUUGAUGAUGUUACUACUACUAGCCAAGAGACAGAACCAUCUGCCGUAACAUCUAGUUCGCAACCAAUUUCAACUGCCGUACCAAGCGAUUCCACAAAAGAUAGUAACACAACUGAUAACGGCAAUGACACUACACUAGAUGAUGUUACUACCACUAGCCAAGAGACAGAACCAACUGCUGUAACAUCUACUUCGCAACCAAGUUCAACUGUUGUACCAAGCGAUUCCACAGAGGAUAAUACCACAACUGACGAUAACGGCAAUGACUCUACAGUUGAUGAUGUUACUACUACUAGCCAAGACACAGAACCAUCUGCUGUAACAUCUAGUUUGCAACCAAUUUCGACUGCUGUACCAAGCGAUUCCGCAGAGGAUAAUAAUACAACUGAUGAUAACGGCAAUGACACUACAAUAGAUGAUGUUACUACCACUAGCCAAGACACAGAACCAUCUGCUGUAACAUCUAGUUCGCAACCAAGAUCAACUGCAGUGCCAAGCGAUUCCACAGAGGAUAAUACCACAACUGACGAUAACGGCAAUGACUCUACAGUUGAUGAUGUUACUACUACUAGCCAAGAGACAGAACCAUCUGCUGUAACAUCUACUUCGCAACCAAGUUCAACUGUAGUACCAAGCGAUUCCACAGAGGAUAGUAACACAACUGAUGAUAACGGCAAUGACACUACAGUAGAUGAUGUUACUACCGCUAGCCAAGAGACAGAACCAACUGCUGUAACAUCUACUUCGCAACCAAGUUCAACUGUUGUACCAAGCGAUUCCACAGAGGAUAAUACCACAACUGACGAUAACGGCAAUGACUCUACAGUUGAUGAUGUUACUACUACUAGCCAAGACACAGAACCAUCUGCUGUAACAUCUAGUUUGCAACCAAUUUCGACUGCUGUACCAAGCGAUUCCACAGAGGAUAAUAAUACAACUGAUGAUAACGGCAAUGACACUACAAUAGAUGAUGUUACUACCACUAGCCAAGACACAGAACCAUCUGCUGUAACAUCUAGUUCGCAACCAAGUUCAACUGCAGUGCCAAGCGAUUCUACAGAGGAUAAUAACACAACUGACGAUAACGGCAAUGACUCUACAGUAGAUGAUGUUACUACUACUAGCCAAGAGGCAGAACCAUCUGCCGUAACAUCUAGUUCGCAACCAAUAACAACUGCAGUACCAAGCGAUUCUACAGAGGAUAAUAACACAACUGACGAUAACGGCAAUGACUCUACAGUAGAUGAUGUUACUACUACUAGCCAAGAGGCAGAACCAUCUGCCGUAACAUCUAGUUCGCAACCAAUAACAACUGCAGUACCAAGCGAUUCUUCAGAGGAUAGUAACACGACUGAUGAUAACGUCAAUGACACUACAGUUGAUGAUGUUACUACCACUAGCCAAGAGACAGAACCAUCUGCCGUAACAACUAAUUCUCAAGCAAGUUCAACUGCCGUACCAAGCGAUUCCACAGAGGAUAGUAACACAACUGAUGAUAACGGCAAUGACACUACAGUAGAUGAUGUUACUACUACUAGCCAAGAGACAGAACCAUCUGCCGUAACAUCUAGUUCGCAACCAAGUUCAACUGCAGUGCCAAGCGAUUCCACAGAGGAUAGUAACACAACUGAUGAUAACGGCAAUGACUCUACAGUUGAUGAUGUUACUACUACUAGCCAAGAGACAGAACCAACUGCUGUAACAUCUACUUCGCAACCAAGUUCAACUGCCGUACCAAGCGAUUCCACAGAGGAUAAUAACACAACUGACGAUAACGGCAAUGACUCUACAGUUGAUGAUGUUACUACUACUAGCCAACCGACAGAAUCAUCUGCCAUAACAUCAAGUUCGCAACCAAGUUCGACUGCAGUGCCAAGCGAUUCCACAGAGGAUAGUAACACAACUGAUGAUAACGGCAAUGAUACUACAGUAGAUGAUUUUACUACUACUAGCCAAGAGGCAGAACCAUCUGCCGUAACAUCUAGUUCGCAACCAAUAACAACUGCAGUACCAAGCGAUUCCACAGAGGAUAGUAACACGACUGAUGAUAACGUCAAUGACACUACAGUUGAUGAUGUUACUACCACUACUAAAGAGACAGAACCAUCUGCCGUAACAUCUAGUUCGCCACCGAGUUCAACUGGCGUACCAAGCGAUUCCACAGAGGAUAAUAACACAACUGACGAUAACGGCAAUUCCACUACAGUAGAUGAUAUUACUACUACUAGCCAAGAGACAGAACCAUCUGCCGUAACAUCUAGUUCGCAACCGAGUUCAACUGCCGUACCAAGUGAUUCCACAGAGGAUAAUAACACAACUGACGAUAACGGCAAUGACACUACAGUAGAUGAUGUUACUACUACCAGCCAAGAGACAGAACCAUCUGCCAUAACAUCUAGUUCGCAACCAAGUUCAACUGCAGUGCCAAGCGAUUCCACAGAGGAUAGUAACUCAACUGAUGAUAACGGCAAUAACACUACAGUAGAUGAUGUUACUACCACUACUAAAGAGACAGAACCAUCUGCUGUAACAUCUAGUUCGCAAUCAGGUUCAACUGCCCUACCAAGCGAUUCUACAGAGGAUAAUAACACAACUGACGAUAACGGCAAUGACUUUACAGUAGAUGAUGUUACUACUACUAGCCAAGAGACAGAACCAUCUGCCGUAACAUCUAGUUCGCAACCAAGUUCAACUGCAGUACCAAGCGAUUCCACAGAGGAUAGUAACACAACUGAUGAUAACGGCAAUGACACUACAGUAGAUGAUGUUACUACUACUAGCCAAGAGACAGAACCAUCUGCUGUAACAUCUGGUUCGCAACCAAGUUCAACUGUAGUACCAAGCGAUUCCACAGAGAAUAAUACCACAACUGACGAUAACGGCAAUGACUCUACAGUUGAUGAUGUUACUACUACUAGCCAAGAGACAGAACCAUCUGCCGUAACAUCUAGUUCGCAACCAAGUUCAACUGCAGUACCAAGCGAUUCCACAGAGGAUAGUAACACAACUGAUCAUAACGGCAAUGACACUACAGUAGAUGAUGUUACUACUACUAGCCAAGAGACAGAACCAACUGCUGUAACAUCUACUUCGCAACCAAGUUCAACUGUUGUACCAAGCGAUUCCACAGAGGAUAAUACCACAACUGACGAUAACGGCAAUGACUCUACAGUUGAUGAUGUUACUACUACUAGCCAAGAGACAGAACCAUCUGCUGUAACAUCUACUUCGCAACCAAGUUCAACUGUAGUACCAAGCGAUUCCACAGAGGAUAGUAACACAACUGAUGAUAACGGCAAUGACACUACAGUAGAUGAUGUUACUACCGCUAGCCAAGAGACAGAACCAUCUACUGUAACAUCUACUUCGCAACCAAGUUCAACUGUUGUACCAAGCGAUUCCACAGAGGAUAAUACCACAACUGACGAUAACGGCAAUGACUCUACAGUUGAUGAUGUUACUACUACUAGCCAAGACACAGAACCAUCUGCUGUAACAUCUAGUUUGCAACCAAUUUCGACUGCUGUACCAAGCGAUUCCACAGAGGAUAAUAAUACAACUGAUGAUAACGGCAAUGACACUACAAUAGAUGAUGUUACUACCACUAGCCAAGACACAGAACCAUCUGCUGUAACAUCUAGUUCGCAACCAAGUUCAACUGCAGUGCAAAGCGAUUCCACAGAGGAUAGUAACACAACUGAUGAUAACGGCAAUGACUCUACAGUUGAUGAUGUUACUACUACUAGCCAAGAGACAGAACCAUCUGCCGUAACAUCUAGUUCGCAACCAAUUUCAACUGCCGUACCAAGCGAUUCCACAGAGGAUAGUAACACAACUGAUAACGGCAAUGACACUACACUAGAUGAUGUUACUACCACUAGUCAAGAGUCAGAACCAUCUGCUGUAACAUCUAGUUCGCAACCAGGUUCAACUGCCCUACCAAGCGAUUCUACAGAGGAUAAUAACACAACUGACGAUAACGGCAAUGACUCUACAGUAGAUGAUGUUACUACUACUAGCCAAGAGGCAGAACCAUCUGCCGUAACAUCUAGUUCGCAACCAAUAACAACUGCAGUACCAAGCGAUUCUUCAGAGGAUAGUAACACGACUGAUGAUAACGUCAAUGACACUACAGUUGAUGAUGUUACUACCACUAGCCAAGAGACAGAACCAUCUGCCGUAACAACUAAUUCUCAAGCAAGUUCAACUGCCGUACCAAGCGAUUCCACAGAGGAUAGUAACACAACUGAUGAUAACGGCAAUGACACUACAGUAGAUGAUGUUACUACUACUAGCCAAGAGACAGAACCAUCUGCCGUAACAUCUAGUUCGCAACCAAGAUCAACUGCCGUACCAAGCGAUUCCACAGAGGAUAAUAACACAACUGACGAUAACGGCAAUGACUCUACAGUUGAUGAUGUUACUACUACUAGCCAACCGACAGAAUCAUCUGCCAUAACAUCAAGUUCGCAACCAAGUUCGACUGCAGUGCCAAGCGAUUCCACAGAGGAUAGUAACACAACUGAUGAUAACGGCAAUGAUACUACAGUAGAUGAUUUUACUACUACUAGCCAAGAGGCAGAACCAUCUGCCGUAACAUCUAGUUCGCAACCAAUAACAACUGCAGUACCAAGCGAUUCUUCAGAGGAUAGUAACACGACUGAUGAUAACGUCAAUGACACUACAGGUGAUGAUGUUACUACCACUACUAAAGAGACAGAACCAUCUGCCGUAACAUCUAGUUCGCCACCGAGUUCAACUGGCGUACCAAGCGAUUCCACAGAGGAUAAUAACACAACUGACGAUAACGGCAAUGACACUACAGUAGAUGAUGUUACUACCACUACUAAAGAGACGGAACCAUCUGCUGUAACAUCUAGUUCGCAAUCAGGUUCAACUGCCCUACCAAGCGAUUCUACAGAGGAUAAUAACACAACUGACGAUAACGGCAAUGACUUUACAGUAGAUGAUGUUAUUACUACUAGCCAAGAGACAGAACCAUCUGCCGUAACAUCUAGUUCGCAACCAAGUUCAACUGCAGUACCAAGCGAUUCCACAGAGGAUAGUAACACAACUGAUGAUAACGGCAAUGACACUACAGUAGAUGAUAUUACUACCACUAGCCAAGAGACAGAACCAUCUGCUGUAACAUCUGGUUCGCAACCAAGUUCAACUGUAGUACCAAGCGAUUCCACAGAGGAUAGUAACACAACUGAUGAUAACGGCAAUGACACUACAGUAGAUGAUGUUACUACUACUAGCCAAGAGACAGAACCAUCUGCUGUAACAUCUGGUUCGCAACCAAGUUCAACUGUAGUACCAAGCGAUUCCACAGAGAAUAAUACCACAACUGACGAUAACGGCAAUGACUCUACAGUUAAUGAUGUUACUACUACUAGCCAAGAGACAGAACCAUCUGCUGUAACAUCUAGUUCGCAACCAAGUUCAACUGUAGUACCAAGCGAUUCCACAGAGGAUAGUAACACAACUGAUGAUAACGUCAAUGGCACUACAGUAGAUGAUGUUACUACCACUAGCCAAGAGACAGAACCAUCUGCCGUAACAACUAGUUCUGAAGCAAGUUCAAGUGCCGUACCAAGCGAUUCCACAGAGGAUAGUAACACAACUGAUGAUAACGGCAAUGACACUACAGUAGAUGAUGUUACUACCACUAGUAAAGAGACAGAACCAUCUGCUGUAACAUCUAGUUCGCAACCAGGUUCAACUGCCCUACCAAGCGAUUCUACAGAGGAUAAUAACACAACUGACGAUAACGGCAAUGAUACUACAGUAGAUGAUGUUACUACUACUAGUCAAGAGACAGAACCAUCUGUUGUAACAUCUAGUUCGCAACCAAGUUCAACUGCUGUGCCAAGCGAUUCCACAGAGGAUAAUAAGACAACUGACGAUAACGGCAAUGAUUCUACAGUUGAUGAUGUAACUACUACUAGCCAACCGACAGAACCAUCUACCAUAACAUCUAGUUCGCAACCAAGUUCAACUGUAGUACCAAGCGAUUCCACAGAGGAUAGUAACUCAACUGAUGACAACGGCAAUGACACUACAGAAGAUGAUGUUACUACUACUAGCCAAGAGACAGAACCAUCUGCCGUAACAUCUAGUUCUCAACCAAGUUCAACUGUAGUACCAAGCGAUUCCACAGAGGAUAGUAACACAACUGAUGAUAACGGCAAUGACACUACAGUAGAUGAUGUUACUACUACUAGCCAAGAGACAGAACCAUCUGCCGUAACAUCUAGUUCGCAACCAAUUUCAACUGCCGUACCAAGCGAUUCCACAGAGGAUAGUAACACAACUGAUAACGGCAAUGACACUACAGUAGAUGAUGUUACUACCACUAGUCAAGAGUCAGAACGAUCUGCUGUAACAUCUAGUUCGCAACCAGGUUCAACUGCCCUACCAAGCGAUUCUACAGAGGAUAAUAACACAACUGACGAUAACGGCAAUGACUCUACAGUAGAUGAUGUUACUACUACUAGCCAAGAGGCAGAACCAUCUGCCGUAACAUCUAGUUCGCAACCAAUAACAACUGCAGUACCAAGCGAUUCUUCAGAGGAUAGUAACACGACUGAUGAUAACGUCAAUGACACUACAGUUGAUGAUGUUACUACCACUAGCCAAGAGACAGAACCAUCUGCCGUAACAACUAAUUCUCAAGCAAGUUCAACUGCCGUACCAAGCGAUUCCACAGAGGAUAGUAACACAACUGAUGAUAACGGCAAUGACACUACAGUAGAUGAUGUUACUACUACUAGCCAAGAGACAGAACCAUCUGCCGUAACAUCUACUUCGCAACCAAGAUCAACUGCCGUACCAAGCGAUUCCACAGAGGAUAAUAACACAACUGACGAUAACGGCAAUGACUCUACAGUUGAUGAUGUUACUACUACUAGCCAACCGACAGAAUCAUCUGCCAUAACAUCAAGUUCGCAACCAAGUUCGACUGCAGUGCCAAGCGAUUCCACAGAGGAUAGUAACACAACUGAUGAUAACGGCAAUGAUACUACAGUAGAUGAUUUUACUACUACUAGCCAAGAGGCAGAACCAUCUGCCGUAACAUCUAGUUCGCAACCAAUAACAACUGCAGUACCAAGCGAUUCUUCAGAGGAUAGUAACACGACUGAUGAUAACGUCAAUGACACUACAGUUGAUGAUGUUACUACCACUACUAAAGAGACAGAACCAUCUGCCGUAACAUCUAGUUCGCCACCGAGUUCAACUGGCGUACCAAGCGAUUCCACAGAGGAUAAUAACACAACUGACGAUAACGGCAAUGACACUACAGUAGAUGAUGUUACUACCACUACUAAAGAGACAGAACCAUCUGCUGUAACAUCUAGUUCGCAAUCAGGUUCAACUGCCCUACCAAGCGAUUCUACAGAGGAUAAUAACACAACUGACGAUAACGGCAAUGACUUUACAGUAGAUGAUGUUACUACUACUAGCCAAGAGACAGAACCAUCUGCCGUAACAUCUAGUUCGCAACCAAGUUCAACUGCAGUACCAAGCGAUUCCACAGAGGAUAGUAACACAACUGAUGAUAACGGCAAUGACACUACAGUAGAUGAUAUUACUACCACUAGCCAAGAGACAGAACCAUCUGCUGUAACAUCUGGUUCGCAACCAAGUUCAACUGUAGUACCAAGCGAUUCCACAGAGGAUAGUAACACAACUGAUGAUAACGGCAAUGACACUACAGUAGAUGAUGUUACUACUACUAGCCAAGAGACAGAACCAUCUGCCGUAACAUCUAGUUCGCAACCAAGAUCAACUGCCUUACCAAGCGAUUCCACAGAGGAUAAUAACACAACUGACGAUAACGGCAAUGACUCUACAGUUGAUGAUGUUACUACUACUAGCCAACCGACAGAAUCAUCUGCCAUAACAUCAAGUUCGCAACCAAGUUCGACUGCAGUGCCAAGCGAUUCCACAGAGGAUAGUAACACAACUGAUGAUAACGGCAGUGAUACUACAGUAGAUGAUUUUACUACUACUAGCCAAGAGGCAGAACCAUCUGCCGUAACAUCUAGGUCGCAACCAAUAACAACUGCAGUACCAAGCGAUUCUUCAGAGGAUAGUAACACGACUGAUGAUAACGUCAAUGACACUACAGUUGAUGAUGUUACUACCACUACUAAAGAGACAGAACCAUCUGCCGUAACAUCUAGUUCGCCACCGAGUUCAACUGGCGUACCAAGCGAUUCCACAGAGGAUAAUAACACAACUGACGAUAACGGCAAUUCCACUACAGUAGAUGAUAUUACUACUACUAGCCAAGAGACAGAACCAUCUGCCGUAACGUCUAGUUCGCAACCGAGUUCAACUGCCGUACCAAGCGAUUCCACAGAGGAUAAUAACACAACUGACGAUAACGGCAAUGACACUACAGUAGAUGAUGUUACUACUACCAGCCAAGAGAUAGAACCAUCUGCCAUAACAUCUGGUUCGCAACCAAGUUCAACUGCAGUGCCAAGCGAUUCCACAGAGGAUAGUAACCCAACUGAUGAUAACGGCAAUGACACUACAGUAGAUGAUGUUACUACUACUAGCCAAGAAACAGAACCAUCUGCCGUAACAUCUAGUUCGCAACCGAGUUUACCUGCUGUACCAAGCGAUUCCACAGAGGAUAAUAACACAACUGAUGAUAACGGCAUUGACACUACAGUAGAUGAUGUUACUACCACUAGCCUAGAGACAGAACCAUCUGCUGUAACAUCUAGUUCGCAACCAUGUUCAACUACUGUACCAAGCGAUUCCACAGAGGAUAAUACCACAACUGACGAUAACGGCAAUGACUCUACAGUUAAUGAUGUUACUACUACUAGCCAAGAGACAGAACCAUCUGCUGUAACAUCUAGUUCGCAACCAAGUUCAACUGUAGUACCAAGCGAUUCCACAGAGGGUAAUAACACAACUGAAGAUAACGGCAAUGACACUACAGUAGAUGCUGUUGCUAUUACCAGCCAAGAGACAGAACCAUCUGCCGUAACAUCUACUUCGCACCCAAGUUCAACUGCAGUACCAAGCGAUACUUCAGAGGAUAGUAACACAACUGAUGAUAACGUCAAUGGCACUACAGUAGAUGAUGUUACUACCACUAGCCAAGAGACAGAACCAUCUGCCGUAACAACUAGUUCUGAAGCAAGUUCAAGUGCCGUACCAAGCGAUUCCACAGAGGAUAGUAACACAACUGAUGAUAACGGCAAUGACACUACAGUAGAUGAUGUUACUACCACUAGUAAAGAGACAGAACCAUCUGCUGUAACAUCUAGUUCGCAACCAGGUUCAACUGCCCUACCAAGCGAUUCUACAGAGGAUAAUAACACAACUGACGAUAACGGCAAUGAUACUACAGUAGAUGAUGUUACUACUACUAGUCAAGAGACAGAACCAUCUGCCGUAACAUCUAGUUCGCAACCAAGUUCAACUGCCGUGCCAAGCGAUUCCACAGAGGAUAAUAAGACAACUGACGAUAACGGCAAUGAUUCUACAGUUGAUGAUGUAACUACUACUAGCCAACCGACAGAACCAUCUACCAUAACAUCUAGUUCGCAACCAAGUUCAACUGUAGUACCAAGCGAUUCCACAGAGGAUAGUAACACAACUGAUGAUAACGGCAAUGACACUACAGUAGAUGAUGUUACUACUACUAGCCAAGAGACAGAACCAUCUGCCGUAACAUCUAGUUCGCAACCAAGUACAACUGCCGUACCAAGCGAUUCCACAGAGGAUAAUAACACAACUGACGAUAACGGCAAUGACACUACAGUAGAUGAUGUUACUACUACCAGCCAAGAGACAGAAGGAUCUGCCGUAACAUCUAGUUCGCACCCAAGUUCAACUGCUGUACCAAGCGGUUCCACAGAGGAUAAUAACACAACUGACGAUAACGGCAAUGACACUACAGUAGAUGAUAUUACUACUACUAGCCAAGAGACAGAACCAUCUGCCGUAACAUCUAGUUCGCAACCAAGUACAACUGCCGUACCAAGCGAUUCCACAGACGAUAAUAACACAACUGACGAUAACGGCAAUGACACUACAGUAGAUGAUGUUACUACUACCAGCCAAGACACAGAAGGAUCUGCCGUAACAUCUAGUUCGCACCCAAGUUCAACUGCUGUACCAAGCGUUCCACAGAGGAUAAUAACACAACUGACGAUAACGGCAAUGACACUACAGUAGAUGAUAUUACUACUACUAGCCAAGAGACAGAACCAUCAGCCGUAACAUCUAGUUCGCAACCAAGUUCAACUGCCGUAUCAAGCGAUUCCACAGAGGAUAAUUACACAACUGACGAUAACGGCAAUAACACUACAGCAGAUGAUGUUACUACGACUAGCCCAGAGACAGAACCAUCUGCCCUAACAACUAGUUAUCAAGCAAGUUCAACUGCCGUACCAAGCGAUUCCACAGAGGAUAAUAACACAACUGACGAUAAUGACAAUGACUCUACAGUUGAUGAUGUUACUACUACUAGCCAACCGACAGAACCAUCUGACAUAGCAUCUAGUUCGCAACCAAGUUCAACUGCAGUGCCAAGCGAUUCCACAGAGGAUAGUAACACAACUGAUGAUAAGGGCAAUGACACUACAGUAGAUGAUGUUACCACUACUAGCCAAGAGACAGAACCAUCUGCCGUAACGUCUAGUUCGGAACCAAGUUCAACUGCAGUACCAAGCGAUUCUACAGAUGGUUAUAUUACAACUGAUAAUAUGGAAAAUGACAGUACAGUAGAUGUAGAUGAUCUUACCACUACAAGCCAAGAGCCAGUGUCGUCUACGGUAACUACUACUUCGCCAGCAAUUUCUACUGGAGUUGCAAAUUAUUCAACUGAGUUUAAUAAGAUUACCGAACGAAGUGAUACAGAUACUACUUUAGAUGGUUUUACUGGUUCUAGCGAACAACUAGAAACUUCUACCAGAACGACUAGGACCCAAGAAACCUCAACAUCGGCUGCUGGUACUAAGAGCACACAGGAAGGUGAUAUUACGUUUAGUCAGUUUCCUGUUACUGAUCCGUCUUUUGUGACCACUAGCUCCAUUAUUACGUCAGCGGGAUCAACUAUCAUUAUAACUACUGGUAGCAAGACUGAUCAAGAAGUCCCGGUUACUACUUCAAGUGUUACUUCCCCGAAUAACAUUUCUGAGCCGACUGACCACACUCUAGAUUUUGUUUGUGUUAAAGCAGGAAAAUUUGCUCACCCUCUAGACUGUAACAGAUAUUAUCUAUGUGUAGAUACAGUUUUGGGUACAUUGAAAUAUUUGUUAGAGUGUCCAAGUGGUACAUUAUAUGAUGCAGACAAUGAGGUGUGCACUAUCAGACCUGUACAAUGUCCAGGAGAAAUAAAGUUAAAAUGCGAAAUGGAGGGUACUUUCCGACAUCCCACAAACUGUAGUCGAUAUUACGAUUGUAUUUGGGAUUGGGUUGAAGAUAAAUACCGUAUAAGGCAACAUUUAUGUCCAUUAGGUUUUAGCAUUGAUUUGAAUACAUUAAAAUGUGUUGCAUCCUCUUGUGGUCAAACAACAGAAUCUACUGUACUUCCUUCUGAAAGCACAACAACAAAAAGCGACGGCUUUAGAUGUGUCUCUUCCGGGAUUUAUCCCGAUCCCAUAAGCUGCAAUUCAUACCAUGUUUGUAUUCCUCUAAUAAAUGAUAUAAUGGAUAUACCUAUGCACUGUCCAAAAGACUCCAAUUUUGACUCAUAUACCAAACUUUGUACAAAAGAUCCUGUUCAAUGUCCAAAUGAAGCACCCUUAGUCUGUAGGUCUGUUGGUAGUUUUGUCCAUCCUAAAGAUUGCAAUCGGUACUACACUUGUAGACGAAAAAAUACUGGUAAUGACUACGAGAUUCAUCAGUUUAAAUGUCCUCCGUUUAGCUCUUUCAAUUCGAAGUUAGGUAUUUGUGUAGCAUCCUUUAAUUGUAACAGAGACUUAGAUAUUAUCUGCACCGUACCUGGACGUUUUCCUGUAAAUGGAAGUUGCAAGGAAUACUAUGAAUGCCAGUAUAAUAAUGGAGUACUUAUUCCAAGAGUACAAACAUGUGGACUGUUUAAAUUAUAUGAUAAAAUACAAAAGAGAUGUAGACGUGAAUGUUUUGUGUUUUGUUGAAAAGCGUUUAACAAUAUAUCCAUAAUUCCUAAUAAUAGUUUUAGAGCUAUUGUAUUGUAUGGAAUUAUAUAUGUAUACUUUAUUUGAUAUCGAAGAUAAUAUUUUGUAAAUAAAAUUAUAAAUGUAU